GAGUAAAGAUUUUUUAUUUACCAAAUUCCGUAGUGUAAAAUUAAAAUGGAGCUGGAAUUAACUAAAAUAAAUUAUGGAAGUGUUAACACAACUUUGCCCAAUUGUAUGAAGCUUAUAUCCACAGGAAAUACGAAAAAACAUCAAAAGGUUGCUGUUGGUGACUUAGAUGGUCAUUUUCAAAUAUUUGGCAUAAAAAAAUCCGACACACAAUUAGUUUUUCAGAGUUAUGUAGGAUCAAAGGUGUUGAGCAUUCAAAUGGGUGGAGCUCCAGGGUCAGUAUUGGACAAGAUAUUUGUAGCUUCUGACAAUUUAAUUAAAGCUUUCACUACGAAAGGUAAAAUGUUUUUGUCUUUUGAUACGAACUUCACUGAACCUAUUAAAUGCAUGUUUGUUUCGGGAGCCGACUUAUUUAUUUGUGGAAAUCAUGUUUACAGUCAUUACCGAGAUUGUAAAGACAUCGGAACUUAUUUAUGUGGAGACACGAUUGUUGAUGUAGUGGCAUUGUGCCCUAAUAACACAAAUAGAAUUCUAACAGUUUUGGCCUGUUCUGGACGUGUUCUUCGAAUACUGGAACAUUGCCGUGUUCGACAGACAGUUGAGCUGGAUAGCGUUCCAACAGUAUUGCAUGUUCCAAAAAAUGUUCUUGGUGAUCGAAUUUUAUGUGGAUUUGCAGACGGAAAAAUUAUACUUUAUCAAUUUGGACCUUUUACUGGAGAAAGUAUGUACAAAAUCAUUAAAAAAAAUACAUGUUCAAAAAAUCUUUUUUUUUCGUCAGUAAAACAAAGAAUUAUGGUUGAUAAUGUAUCAAAUCCGUGGGCGGUCACAUGUAUCGACACUUAUGAUUUGUCUGGAGACGGACGUGAUGAGCUAAUAAUCGGGAGACGUGAUGGAACUGUACAGGUCUUUACUAUGUCCAACGAUGAGGAUAUUGAUGUUGAGUGCAGACAGCUAUACAGUGAAUCGUUUUUAGAAAGUAUAUCAGCAGUGCAAGGUGGUUGUGUUUUUUCACAAGAUUGGGCAGAAAUAGUUGUCCUUUUAUACUCUGGGAGUAUAUUUGGUUUAACAACACAAAUAAUCGGUGUAAGUCUCAGCAAUAAGGAAAUCAUCAAGCCCUUCUCAUUGAAAAACCUAGAAAGAAUUUCAACAUCAAAUGAUCUGAAAGCAGCAAGCGAUAACAUCAUCCAAACGAGUCUUGUAAAGCCAAUUGAAAGUUAUCAAUUGUCUCAAUCAAUGAUUCUUAAUAAUUCAUCAUUUGGAUUUUCAAUCAUGGAUGUUAAUGAUUCGUUAACACUUGAUAAAAACGAUAAGGCCUAUAUUCUAUUUAUCGAAUUACCUACUCCAAUUUUGGAAAUAGAACUUGAAAGUGAGAUUAUGAUAAAUAUUUUAAAUUCUGAAGAGGAUAAAAAUUACAACAUCGACAAUGUCUCUGAGAAUGAGUAUAAUUUCAAAGGCAAAAUAACUAUGAAAGACAACUGUAACCGAUUCGAAAUGAAAUUUCAAACAAUAGAAGGUCAAUAUGGAACUCUACAGGCCUUAAUUAUACCACGUCAUCAACCACAUAACGUUCUAAACAGAUUGUAUACAGUGAGACCUCUUUCAUUGCACUUUAGAGUUCAUAAAUUUGAUUUAACAAGGCCUCUUAAUGUUCUCUCACUAAAAGGACAAUUUUCCCAUUCGGAAAUGCAUAAUUGGAUUGAACAAUGUAUUCCAGAAGUGCCAGAGCGUUUGUCAACAACAGAAUUCCCAGAUCUAUAUUUUGAAAAUUCUCUGAUUGGAACAAUGCUUGAAUGUAAAUAUAGUAAGGGAAAUGCCCAAUUUCGGAGUGACAACCUAUCAACAAUAUCAAUUAUCAAAGAUUUUUUGACGAAAGAAGCAACGAAAAAACGCAUCAAAUUAGAAAUUAAUACAGAAAUUUCUGAGUCAUCUGUUAGUCAUGUUUUAAUGUUAAUAAGGCACUCAAUAGAAAGCUGUAUCAAGUCAAAGAAAGAAUAUCAAUUUCUCCAAGCGUUAUUGCAAGUUGACAUCCGCAAUGACGAGGACUUUAACUGUCUUAUGCCGGAAUAUCAAUCUAUUUUAAAUCGGCGAAUUGAAAUCGAAGCUGACUAUAAAAAGUCUCCAGCAAUUUUGGACAAAUACUUUGGCAUUAUCACCGACUUUUACAUAGAUCGAUUUAAAUUUAAGGGAAUUUUUGUUAGAGAUAAAGUACCACAGCUGAUUGAAUCAUUAGAGAACUUUAACAUGAACAAAAUAUUGGAAUUUUUCAAUACUUCAGAGAGCAAGGAGUCAAACUUAGAAAUUAUUUAAUGAUAAACUUGACGUAUGUUUUAUGUACGAUAUAUGUAUGGUAUAUAAAUAAAAAUUGUAUAGGUAAAAUAAAGCUCUUUGAAUGCCCUAUUUACACUGGUGAUAACUUGCCAGAUA